AUGGUGUUCCACCAGUGCUCAUGGAUUCUACGAAAACCCAAUGUCGGUCUCACUCUUCUCAGAGGUCAUCAUAGAGAAUAUCCUACAACGGAGGAUGAUUUUGCAAGGUCCCGUUGGCGUUAUUUUUAUAGGAGGAAUCGUUGUACCAAGAAAAUUUGCCACGCACAAGGGUACGAUGAAUUUGGCCAUUACAAUCAGUCGUCACCGAAUGGAGAGAAGUCGAAAGAGCGUUCGUUCGGCUCAUCAACCGGUUUAUCGGAACUUGAACAAAAGAUCAGGUGA